CGGCGGCCGCUUCCGGGCCGCGCGGGGCCGCCGGGCGGGAGGAAAAGAAAGGAAAGGAAAGGAGGGAGGAUGAGCGGCGCGCGGCGCAGGGAGGAGCCGCCGCACGCGCAGCAGCACGCGUUGGCCAACGGCGGCGGGGCCGGGCCGCGCGGCUCCGUGUGGGGCAAAGCGCUGCGCAGCGACUCCGCCUGGCACGACAAGGACGAGUUCUUAGAUGUCAUCUACUGGUUCCGACAGAUCAUCGCGGUUAUCCUGGGAGUCGUCUGGGGGGUGGUUCCUCUGAAGGGCUUCGUGGGGAUCGCAAUAUUCUGCCUGAUCAAUGCUGGUGUUCUGUACCUCUACUUCAGUAGCUUCCAACAGAUAGAUGAGGAGGAGUACGGGGGGACAUGGGAGCUAACAAAGGAAGGAUUCAUGACAUCUUUUGCACUAUUUCUGGUUGUUUGGAUAAUCUUCUAUACUGCCAUCCACUAUGAUUGACGCAGUCUGCAGCUUUUGCCUGUUAAAUCUGUUGUCAGUAAAUCAAGAAGGUUUUAAUAAAUCGUCACCUUUAGCAGACUGGUGGGAAGGCUGGGGAAGUCCAAUCAAGUUCCUUCUGAUUAGCGUGGAAGAGCCCCACACCUUCUGCUGGAGUAGCCAGUCUGACUCCGUUUUAUAUACCCGUUAAUUAUUGGAACUAUUAAAAAGCCAUUGGAAUUCUUGGAAGCGGUUCAAGACUGUUCAGGUUUUCAACUUUCUGCGACUCUAGCCUGUAACUGUAUCAAACUCCUGUAUGCUGAAGAUCGAAUCCGUUAACUUAAUGUAUGUAUGCCCUGUAUCUGGAAUCUGUCAUUACGUUCUGACGUGUCUUCCAUUGUUCUCCUUUAUGCAGACAGGUUUUUAAAAAGAGAUUGCAAGGUUGGUGGAAGGAACGCCCUGCAGCACCAGAAUAUGAGUUCAGUGGCUGCCCUCAGCAUUUUUUGUAAUAAUCAGAUCUGAUUUGAUUAAACAGACUGUGUUGGUACAAUUU